AUGAUGAAACGCGUCAGGCCAUCGACAAAGGCCGUCGCCUCGGCGCCCGUCGUGCUCUUCAUGAAGGGCACCCCCGAGACGCCCCAGUGCGGCUUCUCGCGCGCGAGCAUCCAGGUCCUCGGCCUGCAGGGCGUCGACCCGGCCAAGUUUGCCGCCUUUAACGUGCUCGAGGACGCCGAGCUGCGGUCGGGCAUCAAGGAGUACUCCGACUGGCCGACGAUCCCCCAGCUGUACGUCGACAAGGAGUUUGUGGGCGGCUGCGACAUUGUCGUGUCGAUGCACCAGAACGGCGACCUCGCCAAGCUGCUCGAGGAGAAGAAGGUUCUCGCCGAGGGCGAGGGCGAGGGCAAGGACGAAUGA